AGAGGGCCUGUGGGCGACAUGAGGGAAGACAUCCUUGACGAAUCGGAAGGAAUCGGUCUACAUACAAAUACAGAGAUCACUCAGCCGAGAGUUACAGAAGAGCUGUCGUAUGACCCGCCUUUCCUCCAACUGAGUGUCUGAAGCGAUUGCCAUCGCUGAGACCAUAUCAGAGACGGGAGCAAGGAAGGACGGAAGGACGGAAGGAAGGAAAAUGGCGCACGUUGGCAAGUACGCGGACGAGCUCAUCACCACGGCGAAGAAAAUUGCGACCCCCGGGAGGGGUAUCCUCGCCGCUGACGAGAGCACGGGCACUAUCGGGAAGAGACUGGCCAGCAUCAGCGUGGAGAAUGUGGAAUCCAACAGGAGGGCUCUGAGGGAGCUUCUCUUCACCGCUCCUGGGGCGAUGCAGUACAUCAGCGGCGUGAUUCUGUUCGAGGAGACGCUCUACCAGAAGACGGCAGACGGGAAGCCUUUCGUCGAUGUCCUCAAGGAGGCCGAUGUGGUCCCUGGCAUCAAGGUCGACACCGGCGUUGCGGCCCUGGCAGGUACGAAGGGCGAGACCACGACGCAAGGGCACGACGGGUUGGGCGCCAGGUGUGCCAAGUACUACCAGGCGGGCGCGCGCUUCGCCAAGUGGCGCGCCGUCCUGAAGAUCAGCGCAGACGGAUGUCCUACGCCUCUUGCAAUCCAGUCGAACGCGGAGGGGCUGGCCAGGUAUGCGUCCAUCUGCCAGGAGAACGGGCUGGUGCCGAUCGUGGAGCCGGAGAUCCUGAUCGACGGCACGCACGACAUCGAGAAGAGCGCCGCUGUGACGGAGAAGGUGCUGGCGGCGGUGUACAAGGCUCUGAGCGACCACCACGUGCUGCUGGAGGGCACGCUGCUGAAGCCGAACAUGGUGACGCCGGGAUCGGACGCUGCGAAGGUGGCGCCGGAGGUCGUGGGCAAGUACACGGUGAGGACGUUGCARAGGACGGUUCCCSCGGCCSUUCCCGGGAUCAUGUUUCUGUCGGGCGGGCAGAGCGAGGAGGAGGCGACUAUGAAUCUGAACGCGAUGAACGCCUUGGAAGCCACGACGCCAUGGACGCUGUCCUUCUCGUACGGCAGGGCGCUGCAGGCGAGCACGCUCAAGGCAUGGGGAGGCAAGGUGGAGAAUGUUGCUGCAGCGCAGAAGGCGUUCUAUGUGCGUGCCAAGGGUAACGGAGAGGCGACACUCGGCAAAUACAGUGGCGCUCCCGCGAUCGAGGGAGCGUCAGAGAGUCUGCACGUUAAGGACUACAAGUACUGAAGUGUGGGCGGGAUUCAUUACUAGUUACAGUAUAGGAAUCUGCAUCGGCGACUUCCAAGCCUCGUGUGGAGGCAGGCGGUUGAUCGCAUAUGCCAUCGUAGAAUAGAACAGUAGGUGAUCCAUAGCCAGACUUUCUCUGCGUUUGAUUCGGAUGAGAGGGCUAGGUCUAUACUAAGAGGUAGGGUCAGGUUCAGACAGCAGCUCGUUGCCUCGACUGCUGUGGCAUCCGUAGUUUGCCUUAAAG